AUGAUCCGUGAUAGUACAACAGGAAACAUGAUUCACAUAUAUGAUUACUAUAAUCCACCACCUGCUAUUCGCUGUAACACAAAAUCUGAAAUUGACGACCAUUUCAGAAAUGAGAAACGGAACCUUCAUCUUUUUGACACAUACCAAAGGGCCGACGAAGAACUUGGUGGAAUGCCCUCUAACCCUGGUACCUCUAGUCGAGCCAUCGAAAUCGAGCAAGUUAUGAAGGAAGCUGUGUUGCAACUCCAGAACAAGGACUCCACCUGGCGUGACACCAAGCCCCAAGUAUGUUUGUAUCAUUCCAAGCCUUGCAUCUACGAACUGACAGCUGCUCUCCUCAGCCUACAAACUGACAAAACCACGUUGAUACGCAUCGGACCCCGGAUGCGAGCACUUCGGAGAAUGUGA